UUUGCCAUUAUGGACUUGGGAGUGCAUAAACGAAAAGUGUGUACCUAUAUCAGUGAGAGAGACGAGCAAGAUGCAGUCUCUAACAACCUGUAACAUGUUGUGUGCCUCCAUGCAGAUUUGGCCACAGCCGACUGGUCAAGUCAGCUUAUCAACCACAGCAGUUCCUGUCCGGACAGACCUUAUACAACUGCAAAUAGCUCAUAGUACGGUCUCUGAAAUAACAAGAAAUCACAUAGAGGAUGCUUUUCAGUUGCUUCGCAAUGAUUUAAAGGCAUUAGAGCGAAAAGAACGCGGUUUCGAAGAAUGGCGAAGUGUCCAAGUUCGAGUAAAUUUGAAUGGCACCAGUGAUCCUCGUAUGCGCAUCAAUACAGACGAAAGAUACCGGCUAGCCUUGCGCCCCAAAACUACCGUGGGAACCUCACUAAUAGUAGACAUAUUUGCACAAUCCUUUUGUGGUAUUCGGCACGCAUUCGAAACAUUGUCCCAAUUGAUAUGGUUAGAUUCUUAUCGGGGCACUCUCCUUAUUCUAGAAGCUGCAAAAAUAGAAGAUGCACCACGUUUUAGCUACCGUGGUCUACUUCUAGAUACGGCUCGAACCUUCUAUCCAGUAAAUGAUAUAAUACGGACGAUAGAUGCAAUGGGCGCUUGCAAGUUGAAUACGUUUCACUGGCAUGCGAGCGACUCUCAAGCAUUUUCGUUACAGUUAGGUAGCGUUCCGCAGCUUUCAAUUUUUGGAGCUUAUGGGGUCAGUGCAAUGUACUCGCCAGAUGAUAUCCGAGCUGUGGUGCGUAGAGCGAGAUUACGAGGAAUCCGCGUCAUAAUUGAAAUUGAUACUCCGGCGCACGUGGGCCGCGCCUGGGCAUGGGGAGACGGCUCAGGGUUCCGAACACUCGCGCAUUGUAUUGAUGCAGAACCUUGGAGCGCGUACUGCAACGACCCGCCUUGCGGACAACUCAAUCCGCGCAACCCUCGCGUAUUUGAGCUGCUUGAAAGAGUAUACGCCGAAAUAAUUCAACUAACAGGAGUAGAUGACAUUUUCCACAUAGGUGGUGAUGAUGUAUCCGAACGGUGCUGGGAGGAACAUUUUAAUGACAGCGAUCCGAUGAAUCUUUGGCUGGAGUUCACUCGGUCAGCUUUGCAACGACUUGAGUUCGCAAACGGGAAAUCACCAAAUCUGACUCUGAUGUGGACAUCCCACUUGAGUGAUCGAAUAAAGGGGGAGUUGAAAGAUUAUAUUCGUUGCAUCGGUUUGCAGUCUCGGAACGUUGCGUGGGCACAUAAGCACGUGAGCGGUGUUCGGACUGUCAUCUCCCAUGAAGAUGCUUGGGAUUUGAACAGCGGAUUAGGGUCUUGGCAUGAGGAUAGUGGAGGGGUGCCGUUUAAUUCGUGGCAGCGUGUUUAUGAAUACCGACCGUGGGCCCGAAAUUCUGUAUGGCGGGUAGAAGGAGGAGAAGCAACGGUAUGGUCGUCAUCUCUGAGUGGUGGGGGCUUAGACGGCCGCGUGUGGCCCCGGGCUGCGGCCCUGGCCGAGAGGCUCUGGACCGACCGGGCGGAGGGUGCUACGAGGCCUGUCCACGCUCGCCUCGACGUACAUCGGUCACGUCUAGUCGAACGUGGUAUCAAGGCAGCGCCUAUUUGGUCGUUAUGGUGUACCCACAAUACUUACACUUGCGUUUAG